GGCCGUUUUCUCGAUUUAUUUUACGUUGUCAGUUUUUUCUCGCUAAAUGUCGGUAAAUCGCGUUUAAUCUUUGACUGCUUGCCUAUUGCUGCAACUUAGGCCAAGAUGAUUGAGGUGGUAGCCUCGAUUGCCCGAGGACCAGUGUUUCUGGCUGGAGAGGUGUUAGAAUGUCUUAUCACCUUUACCAACCCCAUGUCCCAUCUGUCCACCUCUGCCAGCAGUGAGAUGUUGGCCUGGGCCAGUGCCCAGAUUCACUGCCAGUUCCAUGCCAGUGAGAGCAGAGUAGCUUUGCCUGCCCAGGGCAAUAAGCAGGACGUCCAGGCCGAGAGUGACACGGUGCUCAUUCCCAGCAGAGGAGAGAGAGGACAGUGUAUGUUGGACACUCCGCCCAAAAUCCUCUUCUGUGACCUACGACUCGACCCAGGAGAGAGCAAAACCUACUCGUACAGCGAAGUGGUGCCCACCGACGGACCGCCCAGUUUCCGCGGUCAGUCAGUCAAGUACGUCUACAAGGUCACGAUUGGCUGCCAGAGAGUGAAUUCACCAAUCAAAUUGCUGCGAGUUCCCUUCAGAGUCCUGGUGCUACAUGGGAUGCCAGAGCCCCCCUUCCCCCAGGACGAGGAAGUCGCCCCUUCCAACCCCUUCCUUGAGGAAGAGGAGGGUGGGCGUAAGGACACUCGUACCUUAGAGAGAGCACUGGACAUGCUGAUGAUCACUACCUCACGUCGUGUCCCACAUCUGUUCAACAUCACUAACACGCGCGGAAAAGUGGCCAAGUUCUGCAUCUUUAAGACGGUGUACCGACUCGGGGAGGACAUCAUCGGAACCUUCACCUUCUCAGAGGGCGACAUUCCUUGUUUACAGUAUUCGGUGAGUUUGCAGAGCGAGGAGGAGGUCCACGAGCAGUACCAGCGUCGGCCGGGUCAGGCGGUCAGCGUGACGGGUCACGGCAGACACCUGGAGUCCUGCCUCCACACCGCCUCCAGCCACUUCUCCCUGCCCGUCCCCCUCAACGUCACGCCGGGCUUCAGCACCGACAUCGUUGCCCUAAGAUGGCGCCUGCACUUUGAAUUUGUAACAGCGAGAGAGCCCGUUGAGCCGCCUACAGUGCUGCAGAACCAAUCAGAAGUCACAGUGUGGAUGGGGGCGGAGAAUGUAGAUGUCGACACCUUUAGCUGGAACCUGCCAAUCAAAGUGCUCCCCACCAAUCCUGCUCUAGCUUCUUAUGUUUCUCAGUUUACAGGGACAAACAGCAUCAAUAUCUGAAUGCUGUGUGUGUGUGUGUGUGUGUGUGUGUGUGUCCUCAGACCAUCUUCACCUUGCAGUUUAAGAAAGUAUAUGUGUGCGAGUGCUUUUGUGUAUUAACCUUGUAAAGCUUUGAUUGUGUGUGAGUCAUCGGUUCCAGGUUGAUAGUUAUUCCUUACUCUUAGUUACGUUUUAUUGUUAUUUUUAAUGUUUUGCAGUGCAAUGUGUCCAUUAGACACUUUUUUUAAACAUUUCAAACAUGACCAACUGAAAGCUUUAUCUGUUGUAAUGUGUAUAUUUCCAUAUUUAUUUUUUUUUCUGCCCUUUAUUCUUAAACCUUUAUGAACUAUAAAAUAUGGUUUGGUAGCUUUACUUGAUUAUCAUCACACAAACGCAUUGUGUUGACUAAACCAAGCAAAUGUUACUAACUCGGGUGGUGUUAUUCUUGAGUUUGCAAAACCAUGGGCUAAUGUUAACUAAUGAAAUGUAACAAAAUACUGUCAGACCAUGUUUCUAUUUCCU